AUGGUGAACUCACCUGCUCAAGAUUCCAGCCAAGAAAGUCAGACGGUAGUAGAAAAAAAACCUACAUGCCGUCCGGACAGUUGUUGGUCGUGGGUAGUGUGCGUGGCCUCAGUCAUUUUAGUCAUGAUUGUAUCGGGGAUCAGCUAUAGCUUUGGCUUGCUCCUUCCUCCUCUGAUGGAAAGCUUUGGAGCAUCCAGGCAAUCUACAGGUAAUGGAAACAUAAAAAAUAUUGAACAAUUUUAAUUUCAAUAUUAGGUGACUCGGCAUAUGAGCUGAUAACCGAAGAUGCAUGAUCCCUAGAAAUGCAUUAUAAGGGGUAAAUAUAUAUAUUCAUGAACCCUACCUUUGCGGCAGUUUUACAUAUUUCAAAGUCACAAUGUGAUCAUAAAAGCACCUACAUAAAAUUCAUUUUCAGCCUGGAUCGGAUCGUUAAACCUCGCCUUUGGUUAUGUCUUAAGUCCUCUGGGUUCUCUGAUCAGCGAUCGCUUUAGCCACAGGGUCACUGCCAUGGUGGGAGCCCUCACAGGGGUCAUUGGAUUUUCUCUGGCGUCUUUGUCUCCUAAACUGUGGAUGAUGUACCCGACGUAUGGACUCAUGUCAGGCUUUGGCCAUAGGAUGAUUUACAACUCUUGUAUGGUAGCCAUCGUGGACUACUUCGUUAGACGGCUCUCUUUGGCCGUUGGUAUAAUGACGUCCGCGACAGCCAUAGGUAUGCUUGUUAUGACUCAAGUCACCCAAGGCUUGCUGGAUACAAUUGGAUGGCAAGGCACGCUACAAGGGUUUGCAGGUUUCUAUUUGCUAUGCGGUUUGUGUUCGCUUGUUUUUGUACCAGUGGACCGCUCAGAGAAUAACAAGGGUGGCAUGGCUGCGGAUGAAAAAGCAGAGGAGAAAGAAAAUUCAUCUCUCUUUGGAAAUCGUCCUUUUCUCGUCCUGUUGUCUUCGUUCAUGGUUGUUAAUAUAAGCUUCUUUGUUCCAGCCGUACACAUCGUAAGUAUCAUUAUACACCACUAAUUGUUUUUAAUACUCGAGCUGUAAUGAAUGAACAGAAGAAAAUUUUGGCCACUUUUCAACCAUUCCCACUUUUAAAAGUGGAAAAGCGACCCGCCCAACUUAUUCUGUGGUUGUAACUCUCCUGCUGCCAAACACUUAUUGCGUUUCUAGCCAGUCCUUGAAAUUUGGCCGUUUAUCAUCAAAACAACAGUCUUUUUGAUGAAACUACCGUUGAUUCUCAAAGCUAGUGGAUAUGACAAUUUCUUGGAAUAAGAGAAAAAGAGAAAGAAAUAUCAGUUGGUCACCAGACUGGUGAUUGUGUAAUCAUCUGAGUGAAAAAAAUCUUUAAAAGAACCAGUUUCAAUUAAAGAGGUUGAAGUUCGGGUGUGUACCAGUGAAGUCCUAUCAAAGUUAAGCGUGGAGCUGUUUACUAGUAGUCCCAUGCGCAAUCCAAGUCGUGCCAUCAUAUCAUUACCUUGUCGUAGUUAGUUGCGCAAAUAAGGUUGAAAAUGCGUUGAAAAGUGAAUGACAAUUAUUUAAUUAAAUUAAAUUUCUAUUGCACAAAUAUCAAUAUAAAAUUUUCAUGAAACGCAAGCCACCAAAAAGUGCACGUUGGAAAAGUGGGAAAGCGACGCGCCCGAUUUAUUGUGUGGCUGUAACUCUCCUGCUGUUAAACACUUAUUGCGUUUAAACUAAAACCGACCCAUCGGGCUUAGAAUGAGUUAGUUAAAACUAAACCAUUGCAUAUUUCUCCGUAGAUUAAGCACUGCGAACAAGAACUGAACAUAUCUGCAGACAGAGCUUCUAUGUUAUUCAUAUAUUUGGCGACAACGUCCUUCUUCAGUCGUCAUUUGUUUUGCAAACUUGGAGAGUUUCGUCUCUUCAACAGGUUCCAUAUGUACCAGGGAGGUAUGACAAUCAGCGGAUUGUGUGUCAUAUGUCUUCCAUUUGCAACGUCAUAUGGAUCUUUGGUAGCGAUUUUUACAGUCCUCGGCCUCAUGGAAGGAUCUUCAAUGGGUCAAUUCUCUCUCCUACUUUUAAAAUGCGUCAAACAACGCCAAUUCAAUCAAGCUUGGGGCUACUUGAACUUCUUCAUGGGCAUUACUAUAUCCAUUGGACCACCAUUGGCUGGUGAGCUUCUCUGAUUCUAAGAAAUUUGUUUUGCUUAUCGUGGGUAUGACGAUAAAUCACAAGUGAAUUAAUGUUUAAACGUUGAUUGGUUGAUGUAUAGUUUUUCUUUUCCUCUCUUUUCCUUUAAGUGGAUUAUUGUUUUCGCUUUGCGUUCUAAUAGACUCGUUCUGACAAUUUUUUUCCCCUCUAAUUACCUGUUUCAUAUAGUUCAAUUUUUCUUUUACACGGCGGUAAAUAUCUGAAAAUCAUAUAUGUGAAUGCGGUUUAAGAAAUGAAUUUGGAUGCGACCUUCCCAGUAAUGAACACUACUUAAGCAGUACUGAAAAUGAGGCCUAAAAAAAUCUAGGGCUGUAGAUGAUUUGAACCCAUGACCUCUGCGAUAUCGGUGCAGUGCCCUAUUAACUGAGCUAACAAGCCAACUGGGAGCUGGUCAUUACGUUAGUUCGUAAUAAACCCGUGAAUUGACGAAUAAAUGCCUUAAAAUUAUUUAUUUUCACUUCUACAUAAGAAGUGUUCAUUACUGCGAAUAUCGUUUCCAAAUUCACAUUCAUUCAGUAGAAUGUGCUCUAUUGUUUGUAAACUGCCAAAAAUAUCGAGAGCACAAGGCUUAAUUUUGCAUUACUUUUUGUGUUUAGGUCUAAUGGCAGACAAGCUUGGCUCCUACACUAUCCCAUUUUACACUUCGGGUGUGGUGCUGAUAACAGGCGCGUCAAUCAUCUCACUGAUGCCGUUUGUAAAGCAAAAUGCUGACUUUGAAGAAGAAAAAGAGGUGCAAUUUUACAAGGAAGAACUUUUAGUAACUGAAAGAAUAACCACACUUUAGGUUAAAUGGUGGAGAAAACAGGCAAAGGAAAGAAUAAACCUUUCAUGAUGAUGAUGAUGAUGAUGAUGGUAUUGAAAGAAACUUUUUCUUGUGACACAUGAUUACAUUGCCACCCUUUGUUGGCAAAGACAAACAAUAGAGAUAAUGUACCUGAAACGAUGGUAAAAGUAAAGAAAAAUUGCCGUAAUUUCUUAUCGUUUUAAGAAAAAGAAUAGAAACUUUUCGUUUUAGGGUUAACUUUUAAACGACGGGUCAUAAUCCACGACGACGCAUGUGUAAAAAAAUAUGCAAACCACAUGUAUUCAAGUGUCCACGCUGUUUUCAUGGCUUUGUAUUUAACAGCUUUAAUUCGCUUCAUUAGAUGCAGUUUGUAGAACGUUAUUGUUCAUUUCGCUGGAGCAAGCAUCGGGUUGCAAAGUAAACUUGAUAUUAAAUUCGUUCCCAC